AACCUCCGCCCAAAUCCCGUAUCCCUCGUAUACCAAAUCCCUCGAAUCCCAAAUUUUACAAAGCUAGAGACGAUGACGGACACCAAAACGGAACGAUCGUUCUACAGCAGUUCCGAUAUGAGCGAUCUGGAUUCCAGCGAAGUGGAUGUCAGCGACUCGGAUCUCAGCGACCCGGAUUUCAUCCCCGACAAACAGAUCGACGGCGAAAAACAGAUCGACGGCGACAAGCAGAUCGACGGCGGGAAACAGAUGGUGACUGAUAAAGAGGAAUCCCAAACGUCUUCUAAAAAGUCACGUAAACGAAAACGGAAUUCUUCUCGCUGCACCUGCUGCACCUGUCCCCGACACUCUGUCAAAAUGGCCAAAACUGAGAAGCGUCCUCUACCAAAGGGGUAUGGUUAUGUUCCUUGGCUAUCGCUGGGUAGGAUAGGUCCCUACCAUCCAAGUUUUACCAAUCAAAUUGGUUACAUGACUUGUGCCCGUUGUGGUAUCAAUGGUGACCACUGGGAACCAUUUUGCCUAAAUCCAAUCAAUGAUCCGCCAGAAGAAGAAGCUGCUGCUGAUCCGGUGUCAUGGAAGAAUAUACUGGGGAAUUUCAAUGCAAAAGAAUAUCUUGAAAAACAGAAACUUAAGUCUCAAGGGAAACAAAAACGACAUGUUGAGAGGGUGGUGAAAACAAAUGGCCGUUUACCUGGACGUGUUAUUUCGCGCCGUCUGUGUGCAUAAGAAUGCUUACUACCGUGCAAGGCACUUCUCUGCCUGGUUGCCUACAUGUUGACUUGUCUGUUGUGGUAAUGGUCACUGCUCAGGUGUUAUUUCGCCAGGAAGUUGCUGAUCUCACUAACUAGUGGAUGUUUAUAUCGAGGAAUUUCAGUUUAAAUCCUAAUCAUAUGGUCUGUUUAAAUUGAAGUAGCGUGCUAUGUUAUGCUUGUUACUGGAAUCCCCUUUUAUUACUCUAUUUACAGCUAAGCAACAUUGCAGCCCGUCUGCCAAAACUUCUCACCCUAUUCUGCCUACUAAAAAAACUGGGUUGCUUUGUGAAAUUGGUAAUUUCUGUUUCAUGUUGGGUUACAUUGCUUGAAAGCACAUGUGUUUUCUUAUUUAAUCUCCCCAUUAAACAAACAAUAUGAAGAUUGAGAAUCAGACACAAGUAUUUGUAAAUUUAAUAUACCUAUUUUGGCUUUUGCUUCUCAUUGAUCUGUGCUUCUUCAUGUAUAAAUAAAAGAUAUAUUGUCCUUUUUCAGCUCCCUCUAAUGGCAAAUCUUGAGCCCUUUUAGUUUAGUGGCAUCAACUCGUUGUAGUACUUGAUAUUUUAACAUGUUGUAUCCUGUAG